AUGGACCGUCGGACAUAUGAAAGCCCCAUGGAAUGGGAAUACCAGGAUCGUGGCCCUUUGGAUGCAACCAGCCCGUUUUCCCACGUUGCAAAAAGCAGCACCAAAAACAUCUUCAACUCUCCGAAUAAAUUCGCCAGCCCUCGACCGAACUUGUUCGCCAGCAGCCCCUCCAAGCCGAACCCUUUCGCCAACAGCCCGUCCAAGCCACUACCCUCCCUGCCACCCCAGACUUCACUGUUCUCCCCGAGGAUUCAGAGCAGCAACACCGCGCCGCCGUUUCGCAAUCCUGCUUUUACGACACCGCGCAAGCCCUUCGAUGAAUCGGUCUUCUCAGAAGCUUCCGGCGCAGAGAGCAGCCCCGCCCUGACCGAAAAUUCCGAGUUCCCGGAUGACACCCCCGAAAUCGAUCGAUUCGGAGAUAUGAAUAUGGGCACAAUGACGCCCUCCAAGGUUGAUAAGAGCUUCCGGUACGCCAAAACUGGCUUGCAAUCUUUGAAGCGCCAUGCGCCAGGCAAAGGCGAGAUUCCAAGAGGAGGAAGAGACUAUCCCGCCAUAAGGAAGCGGAAGCGUCAUAACAUGGACCGCGAUGUUGGCGGAAGCGUACGGUUCCACGGUUCGCAGGACUGGGACUCAGAGGAUGAUUCGGAGGACGAUUCUCGGCAGUCGUCACAAAGGAGCAAGGGAAAGAAGAGGAACAACCGCACCUGGAUCGGCAACUUGUUCCAUACUCUCGAGGAGCACCCGAAUGCUCCAGAGAAUCUCUACCGCUGGAUUCAGCUGAUUGUCAACUGCGUCCUCGUCUCUGCGUUCGUGUUUUUCUGCUGGUCCAUUGUGGAUACAGUCCGGUCCGAUAUUAGAAACGCGAACGAAGUGGCUCGCCAGGAGAUCGAAAGCAGGAUGGCAGAAUGCCGCUCGGAGUACCAGCUCAACGAAUGUGCCAAGAAGGACAGGCCGGCGCUGAAGGCCAUGUGUGAUGAGUGGUAUGAAUGCAUGAUUCAGGACCCGUCAGCCAUCAUGCGCGUGAGAGUCACGGUUAAGCAAAUUGCAGAAAUUCUCAACGAAUUUGCGGGCGCGAUGCAAGUCAAGGCUUGGGUCUUCUUCUUCGGCAUUCUCCUUCUGUGUAUCGUUGCAAACAACCUAACGCUCGGCCGCCUCGCAAACACGGCCAGCACCGAUCGGCCUGCAGUGCACCGCGCAGCAUCCGGUUCUGCUCCAGAGCCGUCGGUGAUUCCCCAGCCCUCACAAGCAUACAUGUGGGUUCCGAUCCAAACGCCCUCCCGCCGCCGACAACAUCUCAAGUACGACAUGGAUAGCGACGCUACGGACACGGAUGCAUCUCCGCCAAAGAUGAUCAUGCCGCCGCGAACACCUUCGGGACGGCGAAGCCCGAGCAAGGGCGAUCGGGACCGGCUACGGAGCCCGGCCAAAUACGGUCUUAGCCCCGUCAAGGGCUACUGA